AUGAAGGGCUCCAGGGAUGAAGAGUGGGAGAGCGUUCCUGCCCUGGGGGUAAAAGCCAUGUACCAGUUUGCCACCAUGGUGAAGGCAAAGCCAGAUACCAGCAACAUGGCAAAUGUCUUAGUCAUCAUGGAUCACUACAUCAGAUAUGCGCAGGCUUUCCUUACCAAGGACCAGAGGGCAUUCACGGUGGCCAAAGUAUUAUGGGAGAAGUUGUCCCGCAGCUGGAGGUACCUUUUCGUCCGGGUUGAGGCGAGCUGCUCGGCAGGAUCUGCGUCUUUGGGUAGGGUCCGCGCCGCCUUCCAUCCGCUUUUGCUGAAGAGGCUACGGCCGCUGACCGACGGCCGCGGUCGCCCCGAUGCCCCGGCAGGCUCGAGCGCGUCCCCGUCGCCAUGGCAACGGCACCCGGCGGCACCGGUGCCCGUUAACGGUCGGCGGCGGGAGGAGUGGACGCUAACAGCGGGCACACCAUCACUGCAUGUUCCAAUGGCUAUGGAUUCGCCCCAGCUGUCGAUCUCGGCUGCCCCAGCGAUCCAGGGCAUUUUGAAAAUCCGGACUCCAGUGCCAUCACCGCGUGUUCCAAUGGCCAUGGAUUCGCCCCAGCUGUCGAUCUCGGCUGCCCCAGCGACCCAGGGCAUUUUGAAAAUCCAGACUCCAGCACCAUCAACGUGGGUUCCAAUGACCAUGGACAGCUUCAAAGUGAUUGCGCAACCACCGACUGCGACUCCAGCCUUGAACUCCAGGCCAGGUCUUCACAUGCUGUGAUUGUGACUCCCGUCUCCCCUUCCCACACCACCACUCUGCAAUCCCCUCUCCCUCAGAUCCCAUCGUCAGCUCCUGGGCCCUCAGAGGCUCCAUCUUCCUCUCACCCCAACCCUUCCCUCUCCACCGACACCACCAGCCUCCCUCCUUCCCCCCUCUGAUCCCAUCUCUCAUCCGUGCCGGGUCUUUACCAUUCCCUCUGACCUUCAACUCUCUGAGGCAGAGUGCUCUGUCCUCAUUAAGGGCCUCACCUUUGUCCCCCUUUGCCCACACCUCAGUGAGUUCCGCAUACGCCAUGACGCUGAACUCUUCUUCCACUGGCUCGGUCUCCGAGCUUACUUCUUUGACAAGGUCUCUCCUACCCCCACCGAUGACUCCUCCUCUCGUCUUCAACCCUCCUCCUCUUCAUGGACACCCUGCUCUGGUCUUCUGCCUGCUCUGAAUCUCUUUAUUGCUAAUUGUCGACGGGACAUCAACCGUCUUAACUUCACCACACCCUGUUCCAAUUCCAACCUCACUCCUUCCGAACGCUCUGCUCUCCGCUCCCUCCGCACCAAUCCCAACCUCACUAUAAAACCUGCAGAUAAGGUGGGGAGCUGUUGUCUGGCGUACUGACCUCUACCUGGCCCAGGCACAGUGACAACUCUCUGAUACCUCCUCUUAUUUACCCCUUGAUCAUGACCCCACUAAGGAGCACCAGGCCACUGUCUCCUAUACCAUCACCAACCUUAUCAGCUCUGGGGAUCUCCCAUCCACUGCCACCAACCUCAUAGUUCCCACACCCCGCACUUCCCGUUUCUACCUCUUACCUAAGAUCCACAAACCUGCCUGUCCAGGUAGACCUAUUGUCUCAGCUUGCUCCUGCCCCUCUGAACUCAUUUCUGCAUACCUUGACACUGCCUUAUCCCCCCUUGUUCAAUCUCUUCCCACCUAUGUUCGUGACACUUCUCAUGCUUUGAAUUUUUUCAAUGAUUUUAAGUUCCCUGGCCCCCACCGUCUUAUUUUCACCAUGGACGUCCAGUCCCUAUAUACCUCCAUCCCUUACCGAGAUGGUCUUGAAGCUCUUUGCUUUUUUUUGGAUUCCAGACCUAACAAAUUCCCCUCUACCACCACUCUCCUCCGUCUAGUGGAAUUAGUUCUUACUCUCAAUAAUUUCUCCUUUGGCUCCCCCCACUUCCUCCAAACCAAGGGUGUAGCCAUGGACACCCGUAUGGGUCCCAGUUAUGCCUGCCUUUUUGUUGGGUUUGUGGAACAGUCCAUGUUCCAAGUCUAUAACGGUAUCCAACCCCCUCUUUUCCUUCGCUACAACGACGACUGCAUUGGCACUGCCUCUUGCACGCAUGCUGAGCUUGUCGACUCCAUUAACUUUGCCUUCAACUUUCACCCUGCCUUCAAAUUUACCUGGUCCAUUUCCGACAUCUCCCUCCCCUUUCUUGUCUUUCUGUCUCCAUCUCUGGAGAUGGCCUAUCUACUGAUAUCUACUAUAAGCCUACACAGCUACCUGGACUAUUCCUCUUCCCACCCUGUCUCUUGCAAAAAGGCUAUCCCCUUCUCACAAUUCAUCCGCUUCCGCCGCAUCUGCUCUCAGGAUGAGGCCUUUCAUUCCAGGACGAAGGAGAUGUCUUCCUUUUUUAAACAAAGGAUCUUCCCUUCGUCCACCAUCAACUCUGCUCUCAAACGCAUUUCUCCCAUUUCCCACACA